UUUUUUUGUUCAAAUUCAUAAUUUUAUUCUCGUUUUUGUUAAUGUAGAUUAGUGUUUAAGAAAGUCAUGGCUGUGUCAUUGCAAAUCAAAGGAACUCAUGGCCAAUGGUUGCCGGCUCUGUAUCGCUCCUCUUCCUAAUUGCAAUGCGAAUAGGUAAAAGGAAUAAAAGGUUGAUAUUUUGCUCUAUCCAUUAUAUUUUUAAUUUUGGGCUGUAGUUGAAUACUUGAAUCGCAAUGCAACAAAAGUGUUUAUUGUUGUAUACACAGUCAAUUAUGUAAGUACAUAUUACAUGAACGGUUUGGAUUCUCCUAAUUGUAUCUAUGAACUUAGUUUUAUUUGAACUUGCAAAGUGCUAUGUAAUAACUCAACUUCUUUUUUAUACGUUAGAUGUUUCUAAGAUUAUUAAUUUGAAAAUGAUUUAUAUGUGUUAGAGAUAUUUUUAGUAUUGUGAUCAAUGUAUUUUAUCUAGCCUCUUGGUAGUAUUUAUUGUGUAUUUAGUAGGCCUUAAAUGGAAAAGGCUACUAAGCUAAAUUAGGAAUGGGCCUCCUAAAAAGGAGAGCCCAUAUCAUUGUAAACCCUACCAUUCUAAGGAGGCUAUAAAUAGACCCCUUAGGAAUGGCUAGGUUAAGCUUUCCUCCCUUAGAAAAAUUCCCCGCGCAUAGAAUAGAGCCUACGGAAGUUUUACGCUACAUUCUUCACCAUCUUUGUGUAAACUUUCUGGCUAUCAAUGGAAAGCUUCUUCUACUCCUAUUAAUCAGAUCUUAUACAUUAUAGAGUAGAAAUUGGGACCAACAUUUGGUAUCAGAGCCGAGCGUGUGACGUAUUGAAGUUUCUGCAACUUAUCGAUCGAUUGAAGACGGAAGAAAACUCCUGCGCGAAACUCAUCGGUGAAGUUUUUGCCUCUUGCGCGAUUUUCUAUACUGUUUUGUUGUCGUUUUUGCAGGAAAAUGUUUACAGGAAAGUGUUUCUAGGCUCGCAAGGUUUCAUUCUGUGAAAAAUCACAUUCAGAACUUUGGCGUACAGGUUAAGCAGGAGUUGAGCGAUUUUGUGCUUUCGCGCAUCUGGGAAGAAGAACAGGUUUAGCGCCAAAAAAAAAAAAAAAAAAAAAAAAAAAAAACCCUUUUGCGCGAUUUCAACUUCGCGCAGAACUCACUUGAGCGAUUUCUUCCUUGCGCGUUUUAGAUCUUGAGCGAUUAUACUUGAGCGAAAAGGUUGUUGCGCGAUUUGUACCUGAGCUAUUCACAGGUUGUGCGCGAUUCACAGUCAAUUACUGCGCGAUCCGGUAAUCUCCUGCGCGAUUGCAGGUGCGUGAUUUUUCUGUGGAAAACGAGUUGCGCGAUCGAAACCAGUUGCGUGAUUUAGGUGAACUAGGCCUGCGCGAAAUACUCUGUUGCGCGAUCAUUCUCGCGCGAUCUGAACUCAUUUGUGCGAUCUUCCCUUUGCGCGAAACGAGCUUUGGGAGCAGCUAUUGCGCGAACAUUUUGUUGCGCGGUUUUCUUUGACCCUGCGCGAUUUAGGUUUGCUGCGCGAUUACCUUGAGCAAUUUGGUAGUCCUUGCGCGGUCUUCCCCAGCCAGAGCGCCGAACAGGGGCACGAGAGUCCUCUUGCGCGAUCUUCGUUAGGUUGAGCGAUCUUACUUGUUGCGCGAUCUUAGUACAAACCCGGGAGCAAAUUUAAUUAAAAAAAAAACAGUUACGCAAAGUUAAUCAACUUUUUUUUAAAAAAAAGGAGGGACAAAAUUGUCUUUUGUGACCUGCGGAAUUUUGCGGCUAUCGUGUCCGCAGGUCGCCCGCGCAGGGGGGGUGCAGAUUUUUCGUUUUUGAACUUCAAGCCGAAAUCCCCUGUGCGCGAGAGCUCCCCUCUUCUCCUUCACCAUUUAAUCUUAAGGAGGGAGUGCUCCAUAUAAAUAGGCUCAAAAGUUUCCAAAGAGUUUAGGUGUGGGAUAAGUUAACUAGCUUACUUUUCCCUUCACUUGGACAAGUACAUUUUUUCCCCCAAAACCCACUUCAAGUGCAGAUUUUUAGCCCAUCUUUAAACCUUGAGGUCAAACUCCAAAACCAAAGCUCAACACUUUUUCAAAGCUUCAAAUAGUCAACCUUGAGAUUUAAAAAAAAAAUUAAUAAAAAAAUAAUAAUAAUAAAUCUCAAGGUUAAGACUAAAUUUUCUCAAAAUCAAAGCUACAUUUCAAGAGUCACAAACUUGCAGAAAUCUUCAAUCAACCACACGUCAACGAUCGAUUUUCGACAGUCAAUCAUGACCACUUCCAAUAUUGCUGAUAAAGUGACUGUCCUCUCUGCUCAAAACAAGAAUGCAGACAACACUGUAAGUACUCCUAACCCUUUUAAUUCUGCUUGCUCUAAAACAGACCCGUAUGACAAAAUUAAGGAGCUAGAGGAGAAAUAUGAUAGAGUUUAUGAUGUGUAUAAUAAAUUGCGUGAAAAACAGACUUGCUCAAACAUCAAAAUAAUCAAUUCAGAGAAAAUUAUCACUAAGCUCACAACUGAGAAUAAACGACUCAGUGCUAGCGAAAAGGAGCUGACAGAGAAGCUUAGGACUACUGAAAAAGAGAGAAUUAGACUUUUUGGUGUCAACAAUUUACUUAUGGAAAGAAGGGGUGCUCUUUACACCAAAAUCAAAGAACUCGAAGACCUGUUAGCUAAGAGGGACCAAACAGACUAGACUAUUUUCCUUAAUCAGCCUAAGGACACUCGUUUCUAUAAUGCCAAGGAGGGCCUGGGAUUGACCAAUCCUCAAAACCUGAAAAAGAUCAACUGUAAACAACUCUAUGAUGUUAGAUACAUGAAAAUAGGAUUGACCAAACUCAUGGCCUUCACUGGAGCUGAAGAAACGAAUGCCCUCGAGGAUGAAAAGAGAAAGACAAAGGCUGGUGUCGAGGUUCCUUUUGACUACACAGAGCUAAACAAGAGUUACAAAACCAAAGCGCUCCCGCUGACUCCUGCUGAUGAAGUCAUAACUUAUGCUCCUGAAAAGGAAACUGUGCAAGAUGGAGAGGAACCUUCAACUUCAGAACCUGUAGUCAAACCAGCUUACAUUCCACCUCUUGUGAGAAAGUUUGCUGAACUAAAAGAAUCUUUUGAAAAGGAGAAACAGGUUUUAGAAAAAGAAAAGGAUCAACUUUUGAAAGAAAUAUCCAUGUUAAAAACAUCCUCUCAGUCCAUCACAGUUUCUCAACCCUCUUCCCUUUCUUCCCCAGAAAAUUGUUUAGAAAAUCCAACCAACGGUUCUAAAACUUCUUCAACUCACUCUGAGUCCCCUUCUCCGAAAAGGAACCAAGUGAAUAAGAGAGUAAAGAAGAGAGGUGAGUGGAUCGAGGAGAAGUUGAGAAGAAGGAAAAGAGAAGAAGAGUCUCAUCUAGGAAAUAAGAAUCAGCGUUCGAGUGCCUUGUUUUAUGCCAAGAAUAAGUCUAGAUCUGGCAUUAGUGAGCUUUCAACUAGUAAUACUAGAAGUGGUGUUCCUAGGAAUCUCCUAAGUGAACUCUCGACUAGUAAUGCUAAAAGAGUGGCUCCUAAGUUUUCUAGUUCUAAGACAUCUGUCAAGAAUCGCUACUCUAAUGCUUGUUCUCUGAAUUGUGUUAAGUCAAUGAAAGCUUGUUGUUUUGAGUCUGAUUCCUCAUCAAACAAAGACAAGAAUGUGAACGUUCAGAGAUGCCCAAAGAAAUCAACUUCUGUGAAAGUGAACGUUGAGGGGGAGUACAAAUUACCAUGUUUAAGGUAUCCCCUCAAGGUUCGCUCACUUAAACAUUUGAGAAGGCUCUCUCAGGAAACAAUUUUAAAAGAUUAUUUGUCUGAACAUUCACUCACUAUUAACGAAACCUCUCUCGCUCCAAAGUUCAAACAACAAUGGGUUCCUAAGGCCGAAGCUGAGAAACUAAGAACGUCAAACACUUCUCAAUCAGCUGGCCUAGGUUCCCAAAUAAAACAAAAGCUGAAACAUUUCUUCACCACUAAUAAGGAUGGACCCAUUUGGAAGUGGGUACCAAAACGUACUUAAUCUGUUUUGCAGGUCCGUCAUGUGUGGUACCUGAUCUGAUUGCUCCACACACAUGGCGGGUGAGAAGAGCUGUGAGCAAUCAAUUGGUGCACAUUAUUAAGGGGAGUAUUGGCAUGUAUACUACCCCACUGAGCAGAAAAUCAACAAAUGCACACCUCAACACCAACACAUGCCAAGAAGAAACAACAAGUGCUUAUUCUGAGGGGGAGUGUUUCUUUUUCACUCCUCCUGGUGCCUUACAAGAACAAAGCACAUAUCAAGGGGGAGUUUUCUACUUUACUCCCCGGGUGACAAACAACACCUUGCACAUUCUGAGGGGGAGUUACAAUUUUCUCCUCCUGACGCAAAUCAAGGAUCAAUGCAAGACAACCCCAGGACGUUAUGGCAGAACCAGUAGCAAUCAAGACAACUCAAGGAUGUCGUGGUGGUUGUUCUCAAAGGCCGCAAAAUUUAGAAGGCGCUAAACAAAAAUUGUCGAAACACCAGGGGUGUAUCUCCAACAAUUCUGGGGAACACUCAACUAAGCAAGAGAUGCCUCUGGUGCGAGAAUUCUGAAACCCACCAUUGACAACACCAAGGUGACCAACACCAAAGAGUUCAUGCAUCAAAUGCUCCAAACACUAGAAUUGAUAAUGGGACGGAGUUCAAAACAAGGAGCUGAUUGGGUUCUACGAAGCUCAGGGAUUUACACAAUAGUUCUCUGUAGCUGAAACACCAAAGCAAAAGGGUGUCGUAGAACGAUCGAACAGGAUCUUGGUGGAAGCAGCCAGAACCAUGCUAAUACAGUCAAAAGCUUCCUCAUUUCAUGUGGGCUGAAGCUAUCAACACGGCUUGCUUCACACAGAACUGGACGGUGAUUCACAAACGAUCCGACAAGAUGCCCUAUGAGAUUGUGUUCAAGGGUCUCCCUAACAUUGCCUUCAUCCGCGUCUUCGGCUACAAGUGCUACAUUAUGAACAGCAAGGAUGUUAGGGGACAGCUUGAUCUGAAAGCAACUGAAGACAAAGAGGCUCAAUCAUCUUCUAAAGUAGGAGGACAGGGAGACGAGACAAGAUCGAAUGAGCACGUGCAGUGGUACUAGAUUCUCUGUUCGAGCACUUUUAUAGUCAACCACGUGCAUCACCAGCUACAACCACUACAAAUUCUCAGACCUUCCUGUUAUAUGCUCCCACCGCAAAGGAAACACUCACUCCCGCUCAGAAUAAUGAUGAGCACUCAGAUGAUGAAGGUGAACAUGAACCAUCUACCCCGCAAUAUGAUCAGCCUGAAGUAACUGCAACGCAAGAGACCCCAGAGGCACAACCGAAUCAAGAUUACACUGACCCAGAUCAUCCAAUCAUGAGAGAAAGUGGACGAGAGCACAUCCGCCAGAGCUGAUAAUUGGAAGAUGAAUACUAUGAACUGGCCAACAUAGAAGACAUCAUGGAAGACAUGAUCACAUUAUGCCAUGCACAAGCAAUCAAGCUCAUCUCCCAGGUCAAGCCCGAAAGACUACCACGGCCAUAGAAGACUCUGAUGACUACACUAAUUAAGUGUUGCACUGCCAAAAACACUGGCUUCGAUAAGUGCAGCAUCUACAUUUUGACCAUCUUUCACGGCGUGGCAUUCUGCAAGAACUACGACUAUGUCUCGCUGAUCUGGGAUGACAUCACAUAGUUGAUGCCAUAUAUGAGAAGAUUGUCAAUGCUCGUGAGACGUUUCAGCGGAACAACACCAACAAUUCACCGCCAACUAUCCACUGAGAACGUUGCCACCCCAGCCAUCACGUACCUUCAAAGGUCAAGGAUGAUUCCUCACUAGUGUCACUUCCACUACCAGUGUCUCUGCUGCAGCUAGCCGAUCCAAAUGAUCCAUCAGUCAAAUGUUACUGCCAGGAGAACAAUAUUAUACUCCCUACGGCUCAGAUAAACCCCCCUGAGCCUACCCCAGGGAGUCAGCCGAGAGUAAGUGAGGGUCCUGAGAGUUCUACCCAGCCACAGAGACCAGUGGCAAGUCGGCCCCAUGAUGAUCAGACGACGUCUGCUGAGGGCCACCCCCAAGUUGCUGAGGAGAUUUUCCAUGAUUCGCCAAGCGUAGCCAGAACAAUAAACGCUGAAGAUGAGGGCUCCGGUAGCAAGGCUAACAAGCGCAACAAAGUCAACAAGGAUGAUGAGGUUAAUGAUGAUGCGGACGACAACGUUAAUCAAGCCAGGGAGCCUCCGGUACAAAAACGCCGACCCAUUAUCAGGCUCCCCACAACAGCAGAAAGAGAGGUGUCUUACUCGUGGAGGAACAAAGAAGAAAUCAUUAUAAGUGCGACGCGCUCCAAACAUCAAAAUUACAUCCUUUCCUCAUCAUUCACUCCUACAUAGAGGACACAAGACGUAAGCAAUCUGGCAAAAUAAAUAGCCCUGUUUGACGAGUGUACAAACCUAGAUGUAGUAAAUCGGACUGACCCCAUAGGAGCAGAAGCUGACUUUCUCAGCUUCCGAGUAGAAGACGCAGCAUCUUGCCCAACUGCGCAUGCACAAGCCACACCUAGCCACUCUGCUGCCUCCCAACAGGUAGUAGUUUCACAAAUAGGGGAUCUUAUACCCACCUCUCUGCCCCCUUACGGAGCAGUUAAGGAUGUACAUAGUGGUCUAUCGCCCCGGACCACUACCCUUUCUUCUAUCACAUUGAGUCUAGGUGUCACACUCCCUACAUUUUCAAAUUUGCUAGGACACAUACACUUUUCACACCACCUCACUCUACAGGUCCACUUUCCCUGUCAACAACGAUCGGAGAUACUUCGAUGAUGAUCGGAAGUCCUGCCGCUCAACAGAUAACUCAAUUAUUAUCUGCAGGCCACACACCAGUAAACUUUACUGAUGUUGUGACAACGGUUACUACCCCUGUAACCGGACAACCCUAACCCUACCGACCUUGCAGUCAUUCAGCAGCGUUGCUUGGAUUCCACCAUUAAACCAUGGGUGCACGAAGCAAUAACCGCUCGGGCAUAGGAAUUCAGGACCACCCCGACGCUUCUUAAUGACAUCAUCAAACCCUAACUCAACCCUCAUCCUCCCACUCCCAACAACAACUCACCCCAAUCCUUAUCCUAUCCCAUUUACAAUGCCAUUCGAUGACCUAGCAUCCAUUAUGCUAGCGAGAAUUCUUGAAAACGAAGAAGCUCCACUCACUGACAAACAAAGAGCUCUUUUUGUAGUACCUGAAACCGAAAGCACAUGCCAUGACAGUCUCCGCGGUCACAAACAUUUGCAUGAGGACUCCAAUGAUUCGGCUCCUCAUGAGGGGGAGAAUAAGAGGCAACGGAUACUUGAGCAUGGUGCUUCAUCUAGCCAACAACCCCAACUUGAACCCUCAAACAACCUAGAUUAAAUGCAAGAAUUCUCUCAAGGAUGCAAAUUUUAAGGAGGAGUUUUCAAAGUUCUCCUCCCAAGCGCCAAACAUCGUCAAAGGCAUCCUACUCAGUGCUCCAGUUGAGGGGGAGUACAGAGAGAGAAUAAAGAAACAUAUCAAUGAGAGAUAUGUCCUAAUGGCUUAGUAAACCCAACUAAGCCUACCCAAGGGACAAAGCCGAGAGUGAGUGAGUAACUGAGUGAAUAUUAUGAGAGUGAAGAAGCAGAAGGCUCCGAUGAGCAAGAAAACAAUAAUCAAUGACAAAUCUGCUACCUCAAAUGAGCUAUCAAUCGAGGAAUCAAUCCCAGUCACUCAAAUACUCCGGACAAUCCCCAUAGGUUCAGGACUGAAUUAUUCAGAUCCCGGGUAGAAGUCGCUGCAUUUUGUCCAAACGGCGCGUGCACAACCCUACCCUAGACCACUCAUCUGUCUCCCAACAGACAGGUGUUUAAUCACUGUUCACGGGGAACCUCAUCUCUUAUCACCGUCUCCUUCUGAGGCGACUGAUACUGACUACAGUGGCCCUCGGCCCCACGCCACUGAACUUUCAUUGAUCACGUUGUGUCUAGUUAUCUCACUCCUAAAUGUUUUGAAUUUUCUAGGACACAAACACAUUUUUAGAGUCAGUUGCAGGUCCAAGUGACCAUGCGAGAACUUCCAUAGGCCCAUCUUCUAUAGAUGCAGACCGAUGAUUGGAUGGAAGUCCUGAUGUUGCAACAUAGAAAUCACCAACAUUUUCAGGCCAUCAUUUAGAGUUCAUCUCCAUAGUGAUGAUAACGAGUGUCUACAUGAUCCCGGGGGGCUACAAUUAUCUAUGCUGAUCCUAGUGAUCAUGCCAUAACAACCAGAGUGACAUCUACUUCAGAUGUUUCACAAUGAUUGGAUGGAAGUCCUGUUAGAGCUACAUCGUUUCUAUCAUUAUAUACAGGCCACACAUCAAUGUUUACACUGAUGUUGUGUCAACGGAACACCACAGUGUCUCCGGUUCUUAUCUUUUCAUUUUCUUUGCAUUUUCAGUUUUCCAGAAUAAAAGAAUAAAGGCAAGACAUCUCGAUUCAUUGGAUUGUCAUAAAGGGGGAGAGUGGUCCACACGCUGUUUACUCUCAAAAAUCAUUCUCGGACACUUCUCCCCUCCAGCUCAAAAACAAUGGCUCUCUACUCUCUCAUGUUCAUCAACUGCCAAGUCAGCUUCAAAUCUAAAGGUCAUCCAUGCUCACAAGUCAACCAUCAUUUUCCGCUGUGCCACCGACAACUGUUCCUCAAAAGCAUUCACAACCGAAUAGUCAUAAAAGGCUACAUUCUGGAGGAUACAGAGGUCGGAUGAUCAAAUACUGAAGAUGAAUCCCUUAUGCGCCUAGAUUUCUUCAGAACAAUCAUUCUAAAGGCAUCAUCGGAUUCAUUCAAGCUGAUCAAGAGAAACUUCUGAAAGGCAAGGAUUAAAAGCAAGAUUUUGAAGAAUCCCUCAACCCGCGGCAUCAAAGAACGAAUUGAAUGAAUAACACCAAGGGGGAGAUUGUAAGGAUUUCUUCAUGAAGCCUUUCCAAGAAGACAAAAGAAGCUGAACUGAAAGAAUUUGAUCGACUAAAGCGGUGCUAGACGCAAUCAAUGCUCGACUCGAAAAGAGGAGAAUGCUGCACCAAUAUGAACAUGCUCUAGCACUACAAAGCAACUACUACAAGAGGCAGAAGAAUCCACAAGAGCCAACAACGGACAUUUGAUCACAAAGGGGGAGAAUGUUAGAGAUAUUUUUAGUAUUGUGAUCAAUGUAUUUUAUCUAGCCUCUUGGUAGUAUUUAUUGUGUAUUUAGUAGGCCUUAAAUGGAAAAGGCUACUAAGCUAAAUUAGGAAUGGGCCUCCUAAAAAGGAGAGCCCAUAUCAUUGUAAACCCUACCAUUCUAAGGAGGCUAUAAAUAGACCCCUUAGGAAUGGCUAGGUUAAGCUUUCCUCCCUUAGAAAAAUUCCCCGCGCAUAGAAUAGAGCCUACGGAAGUUUUACGCUACAUUCUUCAUCAUUCAAUGGAAAGCUUCAUUCCCAGAUCUAUCUUCCAUACAUACAUUUUAUAGACUACAAAACAGGGACCUAACAAUGUUUCUUAGCUCUUUAUAUUUAGCAUCUUAAUUAAAUAGAUUAGCUAGAAUAAUGAAUAGGCCUUUUAAGGCAAUUUGUAAUAAAAGGUUUUAUACCUUUUUAGGUAUGGGCCUCCUAGAAAAAGGAGCCCAAAUGAUUGUAAAACCUACCUUUCCCGUCAGGCUAUAUAUAUGCCUUAAGGGAAAGGCUAGGUUAAGCUUUUCAACAUUCCUAGUGCCGCAGUGCCUAUAUCAGUGAUAGAAGUUUUACGCUAAAUUGUUCAUCAUUCUGUAAACUUCUUCAUCAUUCAAUGGAAAGCUUCAUUCCCAGAUCUAUCUUCCAUACAUACAUUUUAUAGACUACAAAACAGGGACCUAACAAUAUGUCAAUCAUACAUACUCAUAUUAGAAUUUUGAAAGAGGGAUCUAGGCCAGUGCAACCUCAUAAUUGUAUAUUUUCCCUUGAUUUACGUUCCAUGUCCCUUGUCUCAAACAUAAUAAACAGAGGGAAUAUGAUAGGAGUAAUUCUUAAAGAACAACUACUGUGCAUAUCUAUAUUUAUUCUUUUCUUAUUACAGGUUAUUGGAAUCAUUUGAGAUGCUUGACUUCCUCUAUGCGCUUAUGCUCAAUGACUUAGAGAAUCACUAAAUAAAGGCAGAAAGGUUACCAGUUAUGGAGCAUCAUCGUGAUAUAGUUUGGAAUAAUGGAUGUGUUUAGUUCUGGGAAAAUUCCUGCCUCUUUGAGUUGUAAUGAUUUAAAUUAUAUUCCUUUGAUUUCAAUGUCAUAUUUGUAUUAAAUUUGAUAAAAAAAUAUCUAUUUAUGACUCUGUACUAAAUUUAGAUUUUGAUUUACUUGUAUCAUCGAAGAUGUAUCAUAUAAAAUAGAUACUUUGAUUUUGAACUACGACAUUGAUAAAACAAAUGAUUAUAAAAAUACUCAAUUUUAAAA